GUCGUUCUGGCUAGAGGCAGGCCCCGCGCUACACGGUGCCCGCGCCGCCCCUGCGCGCAUGUCUGGCGGCAGGGGCAGCAUGCAGAAUUUCGCCGCGCCGAGCUACGAGCAGGACCAGCCGCAGGCGGGCUUCGUGCCGCAGCUGGUGCAGUACAGCCCUGCGGCCGCGCUGCAGACGGGGUGCGCCGGCUUCAACGAGGAGUUCUCCUCGACGCCGCCGUCCCCCGUCGGCAACCAGUCGCCUUUCGGCAGCAUCCAGACGCCCUUCCAGCCGCAGGCACAGUACGCGCCACAUGCGGGAUUCCCGCAGCAGGCCCCAGCGUCCCCCGAAGCAUUCAUGCAGACGGCGCCCGUUGUGCCUGGCGGGUUCCAGCUGGAGGCGUCGCCGACCAGCUUCGGCCAACAGGCUCCAGGGUCCCCCGCAGCAUUCAUGCAGACAGCGCCCACGGCCCCUGGCGGGUUCCAGCUCGAGGCGUCGCCGACCAGCUUCGGCCAGCAUGCCCCGGGGUCCCCGACGAUGUUUAUGCAGACGGCGCCCGCUGCCCCUGGCGGGUUCCAGCUCGAGGCGUCGCCGACCAGCUUCGGCCAGCCAGUGGGAGCAGGGACCUGCGGGUUCCCGCAGACGGGCCCUGGGACCCCGCCCGGCUACGCGCUGGAGGGGUUCGCCCCGCAGACCGGCUGCCAGCAGCAGAUGCUCUUCGCGCCGCAGGGGGCGCAGGCGUUCAGCCCUCAGGCCGCAGGGUUCAUGCAGCAGGGAGCCUUCCAGCCACAGGAGCACGCCGCCAUGCAGCAGGGAGCCUUCCAGCCACAGGAGCACGCCGCCAUGCAGCAGGGAAGCUUCCAGCCACAGGAGCAUGCCGCUGGGUGCGGUACUCCAUGUGGUGGGCCAGGGCAGCAGACGGGGUUCCUGCAGCCGCAGCAGCAGGGUGCGUUCCAGCAGGUGCCGUUCGGGCAGCCCACUGGCCCGAGCCAUUUCGAUGGGUCCCAGGCGCCUAGCCACGCGCAGCAGCCGCAGCAACAGCAGCAGCUGCUGGGUGGGAUGCAGGCCUAUGGGCAGCAGCACCACCACCAGCAGCAGCAGCAGGCGCCGUCGCUGCAUCACCAGCAGCAGCUGCUGCAGCAACCGCUGCAGCAGCCCCAGCAGCAGCCGCAGCAGCCGCCGCAGCAGCACCAGCAGCAGCAGCUGGGGCAGCAGGCGUCACCCACGCAGCAGGCGGGUCAGCUGCAGCUGCAGCCCUUCGGAGCGCAGGCUCCGCCCAUGAUGCAGGACCAUUGGCAGCAGCGACCGCAGGAGCUGCAUGGCGGCCCGCACCAGCAGACACCGAUGCCCGAAGUGAUGCAGGACCCGUACCAGCAGGAUGGAUAUGGUGGACGGCAUAUGUAUGGCAUGGGUGGCAACCAGCCACAGGUCGGCAUGUACCCAGGGCCAGGUGGUGGCGGCGGCGGCGGCGCACAGAUGGGACAGGUCAUCACCGGCGGGGCUUCCCCUGGCGGCCGCCAUUUCUCUGGCGGGGUCCCUCCGGAGGACGGCGGGGGCGCCUGCAUGGUGAUGCACAGCAUGCCUGUCGACGUCAGCGAGCAGGAGCCGAUGUUCUUCCCCGAGUUUGCCGACAGGGAGGGCGAGCAGGCGGGCCAGAGGCCGCACGCACACAUGAUGCAGGGCCGAGGGCAGCAGCUCCAGCAGGGCGGCGCGCCGGCCAUGCAGGGACCCGGCGGCGGCAGGCAGCCUGCCACCCAGCUGGGCCGCAAGGGGCAGCUGCAGCACCAGGGGCGCGCAGACGGAGGCUGCCCGCCAGCGUUCUCGUCCAGGCACCUCGGCCAGCAGGGUGGCCCCCAGGCGCCUUCCAGCGGCUGCCACGGCUUCGCCCCCGCGUCGAUGCUCGGGGGCUGCAGGCCGGACGGCGACCCGGGCGGCUGCGGUCCGGGCGGGGCGGGAGGGGGCUGUGGCGGUUGUGACCCGUGUGGCGGGUGCAGCGGGCCCUGCUGUGGGCAGUGUGGCGGCGGGUGCGGCGGCUGCUGUGGCGCGCCAGGCGGUGGCGGGCCAUGCGACGGGCCAUACGGGGGCUGCGGCGGGCACUGCGCGGGCAACUUCUCCUCGCCUUGCAGCGGCUGCAUGGCGUGCGACGGUGGAGGUCCAGGCUCCAGCUUCGUUGGCGCCGCCGGCCAGGGCCUCGCCAGCGCCAGCGGCGGCGGCCGAGGCGGGCACUGCAGCCAGCAGGGCGGCAUGGGGCCAGACGGCAUGGACAUGUCGCCCGGCGGCUACUGCGACUACGGCGGCUGCCGCGGGCUCGGCGCUGGAGGCCCAUCCGGCUGCGUCGCUGGUGGUGCCUGCUGCGGGGGGGGCCCUGGCGGCGGCGGCCACUGCGGCAGUUGCGGCGGCUUCUGCGGCCGAAGGGAGGACGGGGGGUGUGGCGAUGGCUUCGGUGGCUGUGGCGGCCGCGGCGGCUGCGGCAGCUGCGGCGGCUGUGGCCCGCAGCAGCAGCAGCAGCAGCAGCAGCAUCACCAGCAGCAGCAGCACUACGGCAAGGGCUGCGACGGCGGCAGUGGCUGCGGCGGACAGGUCAUGCAGCAGUGGUCCGGCGGCUGCAGGGCAGACCAACGCGGCGGCUGCUGCGGAUCCUGCCCAGUCCAAGGCGGGGUGGGUCUUGGUGGCGGCUACGGCGCAGGCUGCCAGGGCGGCCAAUGCAACCGGGCAGGGCCAGGCGGCGGCGGCGGCGGCUGCGGCCCGGUGGGCUGCCUGCAAGAGCAGCCGCAACAGCGGCGCGGUCGGGGAGGCGACAGAGAAGGGGACGGAAGCCAACAGCGGUGCGACCUCUUCGUGGGCAGGCUGGGCGAUAACAACGAGGAGACCAUCCGGGAGCUGUUCAUGUCCGUGGGCCUUCCGAUCUGGUCCGUCAGAAUACCCACGGACGGGCAGGGCCACAAGAAGAGUUUCGCGUUCAUCACCCUCGUAGACCCUUCGAAGAAGGAGCUCGCCAUCAAGAACCUGAACGGCCGCCAAGUGAACGGGAGCACCAUCGCCGUAGAGUUGGGGAAGGGCGACGGUGGCGGCAAGGGCGGGGGCGACAAGGGCGUCAGGCUCGUCGAUAUCGCGGAGGGCUGGUCUGGCGGCGGAGGGGCCCCGCACGACAGAGCUUGUGGCGGCGGCAGAGCCGGCAUGGGCGGCGACUUCGGCUGCGGCCCGGGCGACGGCGGCGGCUGCUGCGCGGGAGGCGCCCGCGGCAGCCGCCCGGGCGGCGGCCCUCCCGUGGGCCCGCUGGGCGGCCCGCUGGACCCGGGCGGGCUGCCGGGCGGCGGCCCCGGCGGCGGCAUGAUGCCCGACGGCUGGGGCGGCGGCGGGCCCAGCGGCGCGGGCCGGGGCCUCGGCGGCCGCGGCGGCGGGGGCGCCUUCGGCUGCGGAGGCCUGCAGGACGACGCCGCGGCCGCGGGGCGCCCGCGCGCGGGCGCGCCCGCGGCCGCGGCUGCGGACGCCGCGGGCUUCGGCCCCGCCGCGGCCUACGGCGACGGCGGGUGCCACGGGGCCAAGGGCAACAAGGGCGCGGGGCGCGGCCGGGGCGGGCGGGGAGGCGGCAAGGGCGCGGGCUUCGAGGGCGGCAGGGGGGGCCCCGACGGCGGCGCCGCGCAGCUGAUGCCGCCCGGCGGCGGCGGCGCGGACGGCCCGCCCGGCGUGUGGGGGUCGCACGCGCCAGCUCCGUACGCCGCGGGCGGCGACGCGCCGAAGGGCAAGGGCAGGGGCGGGGGCCCCGCGGGGAGCAGCCGCCCCAGCACCGUGUUCGUGGGCAACCUCUCGGCGGACGCGACCCGGGAGGACAUGUUCGAGGCCCUGAGCCCCGCGGGGGAGAUCACCAACAUACGUGUCCUGGAGAGCAAGUCCUCCAGCUUCUCCGGCAUUGCCUUCGUGGAGUACAAGGACCAGGCGGGACUGUGCACGAUGCGACUCGGCCCUCAGGCGAGCGUCGAGCGCGCCAUCCAGGGCCUCCAGGGCGUGAGCAUCCGCGGCCGCGCGGCGCGCCUGGAGCGCCAGGGCGGCGGCGCGCAGGGCGGCGGCGCGCAGGGCGGCGGCGCUGGGCAGCCCCCCGACGGCCACCGGGCCGCCGCGGGCCUGCCGGGCAGGGGCGGGCCGGCCGGCAAGGGCGGCCCCGGCGUGCUGCAGGCGAAGGGCCGCACGGGCGAGGACCUGGGCCGCGCCCUGCGGGGCCCCAUGGAGAUGCCCGAGGCGCCCGCCGCCGCCCGCGCCAAGGCCGGGGCCGAGGCCCGGGACGCCGGCGAGCGCAAGAAGCCCUCCGACCGCGCGGACGCGGCGGCCGGCAGCCACCGGCAGCUGGUCGCUCCGCCUCAGGUCGCGGCGCCCGACGCGCCGCAGCCGCCCGACGCGGGCCUCGACGACCUCGGCUGCCAGGCCGCGCCGCCAGACGCACCGCUGUCACCUGCCAUGGGCGGCGGGCCGGUGCCCAAGGACGCCCCCCCGGAUUCGCAGGCCGAGGAGCCGCAGGCAGAGCCGGCGCCGGCGCAGGUGGUGCCGGUGCCGGUGGUGCCCGCGGACGCGGACGCGGCUGGGGGCGCGGUGGCGCCGCCUGGUUUUGUGGAGGCGCCGUAGUUCCCUGAGGCCCAGGCCUCCCGAAUUCCUCUCUCGAAGUCGCGCUGGUUCUCAAAGUUGCGCUGGUUCUCAAAGUUGCGCUGUUUAAG